AUGGGACCGAAAAAGGUACCAAAACCCGCAGAACCGGAAAUCACCCCAGAUAGUGAUUCCGAAGGGGGCGGAGCUGCUGGAGGAGAGCCCGCCAAGGCAGAGACACUUAUGGGUGCAGACUCCGAAACCCUAGUUUGCAUGUUGCGAAAAUGUCUUACGUUCCAGUCUGACCUGAGCAAGCGUUGGAAUGAAGAAACGCAGAAGCAGGAGGAACGAUGGCAGGAGAUGGAGGUACAGGUUCACCGACUCAGAGAGGGCCUGACCGAAGUUGCGAGGCGUAGUCCUCAACACCCCCAUGUACAUCAACAGGAAGAAGUGGAGCCCCAAUCUCCCACGCUACGGGAGCAUUCGGGGAGAGGCUGGGCCCAGCGUGGGCCAAAGAUCUUCAGGCUUGAACGAAUGUCCAGGAGCAGCGCAUUGGAGGGUCACAAAGAAUGGCAAAAGGAGGGCCUGGGGUAG